AAGCGUGGUUUGAUGCCAGGUUUGACCUUCUCAAACGAACUCAUCGCUCGUGACGAAGGUUUGCAUGCGGACUUCGCGUGCUUGCUCUACAACAUGUUGGAAAACCGCUUGCCGCAGGAUGUUGUGCACGAGAUCGUGCGAGGAGCAGUGGGAGUCGAGCGUGAGUUCAUCUGUGACGCCCUCAGUUGCGACUUGAUCGGCAUGAACAAGAAACUCAUGGGGCAAUACAUCGAGUUCGUGGCGGACCGACUGCUUCAGGCACUGCAUUUACGGCUAUACUUAUUUUUCUUUCUUCUACUAGUCUAAAAACAGUAUGAAGUGCUGUAAGUAGACGUACUAGUUGUAACAAACAAGAAUGAAUGACUAUUAUCGACCCUAGCAGGGUGAUUAAAUCAGAAUCAUCAAGAUUGGAUACAAUUCUUCCUCUUCUUCUGCUUCAAGCUACACAUCUAAUCUUAUACGACAAGCUGUUCAACGUGAAGAAUCCUUUCGACUGGAUGGAGCUCAUCUCCUUGCAGGGCAAGACCAACUUCUUCGAGAAGCGCGUCGGAGACUACCAGAAGGCAGGAGUAAUGAAGGCAGCAGAAACGACCACUGAGGGAGCGGGUAACGACGCUCACGCCUUCUCUAUGGAUGAGGACUUCUAG